CCCGGGGCCACGAUGGAGCGCGACGGCUGCGCUGGGGGCGGGAACCGCGGUGGCGGCGGCGAGGGCGGGCGCGGCCCCCGGGAAGGCCCAGCAGGGAACGGCCGCGACUCGAGCCGCGGCCGCGCCACCGAUGCGCCAGGAGACCCGCGGGCGGCCGCGUCCUUGCUGGCCCCUAUGGACCUGGGGGAGGAACCGCUGGAAAAGACGGCGCGCGCCCGCACCGCCAAGGACCCCAACACCUAUAAAGUGCUCUCGCUGGUUUUGUCAGUAUGUGUAUUAACAACAAUCCUUGGUUGUAUAUUUGGGUUGAAACCAAGUUGCGCCAAAGAAGUGAAAAGUUGCAAAGGCCGCUGCUUUGAGAGAACGUUUGGGAACUGUCGGUGUGAUGCUGCCUGUGUUGACCUUGGAAACUGCUGUCUAGAUUACCAGGAGACAUGUAUAGAACCAGGACAUAUAUGGACUUGCAACAAAUUCAGGUGUGGGGAGAAAAGGUUGUCCAGAAAUCGCUGCUCCUGUUCCGAUGACUGCAAGGCCCAGGGUGACUGCUGCAUCAACUACAGCUCUGUGUGUCAAGGUGAGAAAAGUUGGGUAGAAGAAACAUGUGAGAGCAUUGAUGAGCCACAGUGUCCAGAAGGGUUUGAUUCACCUCCUACCCUCUUAUUUUCUUUGGAUGGAUUCAGGGCAGAAUAUUUACACACUUGGGGUGGACUUCUUCCUGUUAUUAGCAAACUAAAAAACUGUGGAACGUAUACCAAAAACUUGAGACCAGUGUAUCCAACAAAAACUUUUCCCAAUCACUACAGCAUUGUCACAGGACUUUAUCCAGAAUCCCAUGGCGUAAUUGACAAUAAAAUGUAUGAUCCCAAAAUGAAUGCUUCCUUUUCACUUAAAAGUAAAGAGAAGUUUAAUCCUGAGUGGUACAAAGGAGAGCCAAUUUGGAUCACAGCUAAGUAUCAAGGCCUCAAGUCUGGCACAUUUUUUUGGCCAGGAUCCGAUGUGACAAUUAAAGGAAUUUACCCAGAUAUCUACAAAGUAUAUAAUGGUUCCAUUCCAUUUGAAGAAAGAAUUUUAGCUGUUCUUCAGUGGCUACAGCUUCCUAGAGAUGAAAGACCACACUUUUACACUCUGUAUUUAGAAGAACCAGAUUCUUCAGGCCAUUCAUAUGGACCAGUCAGCAGUGAAGUCAUCAGAGCCUUGCAGAGGGUCGACAACAUGGUUGGCAUGCUGAUGGAUGGUCUCAAAGGACUGAAUUUGCAUAGAUGCCUGAACCUCAUCCUUAUUUCAGAUCAUGGCAUGGAACAAGGCAGUUGUAAGAAGUAUAUAUAUCUGAAUAAAUAUUUGGGGGAUGUUAAAAGUAUUAAAGUUGUUUAUGGACCUGCUCCUCGAUUGAGACCCUCUGAUGUCCCAGAUAAAUACUAUUCAUUUAAUUAUGAAGGCAUUGCCAGAAAUCUUUCUUGCCGGGAACCAAACCAGCACUUCACACCUUACCUGAAACAGUUCUUACCCAAGCGUUUGCACUUUGCCAAAAGUGACAGGAUUGAACCCUUGACAUUCUAUUUGGAUCCUCAGUGGCAACUUGCAUUGAAUCCCUCAGAAAGGAAAUAUUGUGGAAGUGGAUUUCAUGGCUCUGACAAUGUAUUUUCAAAUAUGCAAGCACUCUUUGUUGGCUAUGGACCUGGAUUCAAGCAUGGCAUUGAGGUUGACGCUUUUGAAAAUAUCGAAGUCUAUAACUUAAUGUGUGAUUUACUGAAUUUGACUCCAGCUCCUAAUAAUGGAACUCAUGGAAGUCUUAACCAUCUUCUGAAGAAUCCUGUUUAUACUCCAAAGCAUCCUAAAGAAGUGCACCCCCUGGUACAGUGUCCCUUCACCAGAACCCCCAGAGAUAACCUUGGCUGCUCCUGCGACUCCUCGAUUCUGCCAAUUGUGGAUUUCGAGAUACAGUUUAAUAUGACCAUGGCAGAAGAGGAGAAUAUCAACCUUGGCACUUUACCAUAUGGAAGACCCAGACUUCUUCAGAAGAAAAACAGUGUCUGUCUUCUUUAUCAGCACCAGUUUGUGAGUGGAUACAGCCAUGACCUCCUCAUGCCCCUCUGGACAUCCUAUACCGUCAACAGAAAUGACAGUUUCUCUACAGAAGACUUUUCCAACUGUCUCUUCAAGGACUUCCGGGUUUCUCUUAGUCCUGUCCACAAAUGUUCCUUUUAUAAAAACAACGCUAAACUGAGUUAUGGGUUCCUUGCCCCACCACAAUUAAAUAAAGAGUCAAGUCAAAUAUAUUCUGAAGCUUUGCUAACUACUAAUAUAGUGCCAAUGUACCAGAGUUUUCAAGUCAUAUGGCGCUACUUUCAUGACACCCUCCUGCAAAGGUAUGCUGAAGAAAGGAAUGGCAUCAACGUCGUCAGCGGUCCUGUGUUCGACUUUGAUUUUGAUGGACAUUAUGAUUCCACAGAGAUUCUGAAGCAAAACAUCAAAGUCAUCCGUAAUCAAGAAAUUCUGAUUCCAACUCACUUCUUCAUUGUGCUAACCAGUUGUAAAAAUAAAUACCAGGAUCCCUUGCAGUGUGAAAACUUAGAUACCUUAGCUUUCAUUUUGCCUCACAGGCCUGACAACAGCGAGAGCUGUGCGCACGGGAAGCUUGAGCCCUCAUGGAUUGAAGAGUUGUUUAUGUUGCACAGAGCCCGGAUCACAGACGUUGAACUCAUCACUGGACUCAGCUUCUAUCAAGAAAGAAAAGAGCCAGUUUCAGACAUUUUAAAGUUGAAAACACAUUUGUCAACCUUUAGUCAAGAAGACUGAUUUUUUUAUUAAAAAAAAAAAAACCACCAUAAAUCUUUUUGAGACAAUCUUAUAUUUUAUACAGCCCUCUAUCCAUGCUAUUCCUUUUUUUUGUUUGUUUGUUUUUGGAAACUGUUGAGCAGAGUUGGAACUGAGGAUCCUCUGUGAUUCAGACAUCUCAGGGAAACUUGUGGACUCAGCACAGCAGCAGGAGAGUGCUUCUAUUGUGUCUUGCAGAAAUUUCUGUGCAGAAACUAUGUGUGUUAUUGAAGUUCAAAGACAGACCACACCUAAACUGCUCUUUUAUUUCUCUUAAGGGAGAAAUAGCUGUGAACAUUGUCUGGACACCAGAUAGUAGAAUUAUAUUAUUGGUAAUAAAUAUGGUGUUGGAAAACACUAGGCUAAUUAAUAGAAUUGGCAUAGUCCAUGUUACAUUAGUAUCUUAACAAGAAUUUACAAGUGGCUCUAGAUUCCUUUUCAUUUGGAGUUUCUUUGUUUUUAGUUUUAAACAAAAAAAAAAUAGUGGAAAUCAAAAUA